AUGGUUCCAAUCUUGACAGCACAUUUGCGUCGUGGAACAAUGGGGGACUCUACCGCACCUCCAAAGGCCACCGUUGGGCCGAGUCAGUCUUCACCUCUCAAGCCAGGCCGGCCAAUGGUCGAUCCAGCCAGCCGAAGCGAAUGGAGCGAGUAUGUCUACUCGGAACCUGAUAUCGUCAAGAGUAUCAGUAGCAAGGAGAUGAUUGCCAAACUGUGUCCUCACGUACACGAGGACUUGAGCUGGGGUAAAGCAGCGAAGUCACAAAAAUGCAAUACGUCACCACUCAACAUCGUGGAAUAUCUAAACGAACUCUCUGUCACAGUAUCCAAGACCAAACCCACUCACAGAUUCAAGUUAUUCUUUAUAGAGACGAGAUCUGAUGCACCAAAGGAUCACCCAACGGGGACAAUAUGUCGACCAGAUUUUGUUGGUUAUAGGAGAGAACCGCGCAGAAAUCUCACCGCCAAGACUAUCAAAUGGUCUCAAAUUCAAGUUACCGGAGAAAUAUUCGCAAAAGGUGAUACAAACUACGACACUCGGUCGAAGGCUGGAUCGUACGCAGCAUUCAACUUGCAAGCACGACCAGAUUUGGUCUCUGGGACAGGUUUAUGCGUCAAAGGGUCCGAUGUCUCGAUCUAUUUCAUCAACGCCUCGAGGAUCUAUACGUGCGAUACAACGUUAUCGACCCGCAGUGGCAAUGUCCCGCGGCUGAUCUAUGCCUUCAUGUGGAACCUCUACCAUCCGAGAGUGGAUCCAUCCUUCACACUCGAUCUGGGACCUCCCCCCGUUUUCUCCCUUGAGGUAACUCCCGACCUCUAUAAAGAGACGCUCUCAAUCUUGCGGGUCGGCGACACACUUGGCUGCCGCACAAUGAUCCUGGAGGACCCAAAAGACCCUUCUUUGGUCAUCAAGGAGCAAUAUAUCCAACCUCAACGAAGAUUCAGGGAGGGAGCGUUGCUGGACAAAAUCCACGCGAACGGGAGCCAUUUUCCCGGCAUCGUCCGUCAUGGUUACCAUGGAGAAGUUUGUGAUACAGACGGGAAGGUUAUUAGUACGGGAGAAGGCGACUAUAUUCGAGUCAAGACGCGUCUAGUUCUUCUUGACAAGGGCAAGCGGUUUGCAGAAAUCGAAACGCCUCGAGAGAUGCUGAUGAUUGCCUAUGAUGCCUUGGAAGUGAUACGCAUACUUCAUCGAACACGGCAUAUCUUGCAUCGUGAUAUCAGCUCUGGGAAUAUCCUCUUUCGUCCUUUAUCCGAGGUAGAUCCAGAAUUCGUUCCUCAGGAUAUUGGAGAUAUGUGUUUUAGCCAUUACCUCCUCGAGUCUCUUGGCCUGCGGAGUGAUGAAUCGCAAUCUUCGACGGUGAAACGCCUCGGCACGUCCCUUUUAUUGGCGGAUUUUGACUCCGCGCAAGAUAAAAUGAUCGAUGAUGCGGACGGGCGUAUGGCUCGGACCGGUACAUCGAUGUACAUGGCGAUUGCCGUCCGGAACAAUGGGGUCCUGCCCGCGAUUGAUGAGAUACCAUGCAUACCAGCCGUUCAUGAAGAUCUCCUUCCUCGCUACCGGGAGCUACUUCCAGAUCGACUUGAACACUUUCCGGAAAACGAAUCAGAGAUUAUCAAGGCCAAAGGAGUCACUUACGGGCGAAAAUUCGAACAUAUUCUACGAUACGAUGUCGAGUCGGUGUUCUGGUGCAUGGUCUGGUGGCUGCUCCAAGCCAGGCCAGAAGGUUCCGAGCAGGACAAACUCCAGCAAAAAGCCUGGCAGAACUUGAUAGGAGCCGAAGACAGCCGAUACGACGAUUAUAUUGUUUCACGCAAGCGUUUUCCAUUCCAUCCGGAUUAUAUCGACAUCAGCCCUUUAUUGGAGAGCAUGAGGGAGCACCUCCGAAUCGACCUUGAGUUCUCCAAGGACAAGAUCAAGCAGAAAGAGCCAGAGUACCUCUGCGAGGUAUUCCAGAGACUCAUCCUCAACUUCCUCGUUGAACAUCGGAACGCCGAGUUCCUGUGGCUACCAAAGGACAUAAAAUGGCGCGAUAUUGAAGGGACUCCAAUGGGCAGAGCAAUAAACAGCCAUGGACCAGAUCGAUCAGCCAAGCGACCACAUGGAGAAAUUGGACUGGAUGCCGAGACGGACAAACCACGGGCGAAGAAGCGGGGGACGUAA